AUGGUAUUCAACUCCAGGACCACGGCACAGGAGAGCGAGUUUGAGCUUCUGCCACAGCCUGAACCGCUCCAGAGCGACGCUGGCGCAGGAGUUCCGCUCUUUAGGCUGUCCAGCCUUGUCCGAGAUGGAUGGCCAAUCCACAUCCGAAAGCUGAGGAGCAAGGCGCGAGAGGACAAAUUGUCCACAGCACUCAGCCUUGUCAUUGCGGGCUUCCCUGGCGCUUUUCUAGUCCUCGCUGUUCUCGUAAUUCGUCUUAAUGGGAAGGAGCUCUCCAACUACGGCGACAAGAUCAUCCAAGCAACGCGCCUCGGUCCCACCGUCUUUCCUAUCGUCUUUGCUGCGAUCGUCGGUAGUCUGAUGCGGAGCUGGGCAUUGUGGAAGGCCCAGAAUGGUGCUGCCUUGGGGCUCCUCGAACAGAUGAACGGCAGUACGAGCUUCGCCUGCACCAUCGAGUUGGCGAUCGCCCUGCGCCCGCACAGCCUGCUCGUCAUCCCCAUCCUCCUCCUCUGGGCCAUGUCUCCCCUCGGCGGCCAAGGUGCGCUCAGAAUGAUCUCGGAGGCAUCGGCCAGUGUGCUAGGCAACGUCUCGGUCGCGUACAUGAACACUAGUAUCGACGAUGGGAGCCAUCCGCUGGUGAGCAGUUCCCUGACGAACGACGCCCUUGCUCCGCUCAGCGCCAUAUACACAACGUCGAUCCUGUCGUCCCAGGAGGCAAAGACCGCGCCGAGCGAUGUUUGGGGAUGGCCGAAGAUCCCUUUCUUGCCUGCUUCCUCCAUUGACAAUGAUUCUUGGAGGGUUCCGUCCAACGAUACGCAAACGAGUUAUACCUCGCUCGUCGGACAUGUCCUGCAGGGCGUUCCACCUGAUAACUCUACCGACUUUCCGAUCGAGUCGUCGUACUUUGACUUCGACUGCCGGCUCAUGGCCACCAAUCUCUCCAAUACCGAAGCAUACACUGCCAUGGGAGGCGCGUCGCUGCUCCACCACAACGCCAGCAAUCUCUUCAACGACACCGUCGACGGCCGCGUCGCCUACAGCAACUUCUUCAUCGACACGAACUACAACGUCAAAGUCCGUCCUCGGCCGCAGUCGAGCUUCAGCAUAUUCUACGGGUCCAGGGAUAAGGCUGGAGCGGACAGUGAUGGGCCUCCGACCGUGACGCUCUUCAACUGCACCAUGCUGUAUAUUCGUCUCGAGGCCCGGGUUGCUUGCGAGAACGCCUCUUGCGCUGUGACUCGCUUGCGUCGGUCUGAGAAUGCGACAAAGUUGACACCGUUCAAUGAUGCGGAUGACCCGGAGAUGAACACCAACACCACUUUGAACAAUCUGUUUCGCAGGUUCCCGCAUGCCGUGCCCAUGGUCGAUCAGUGCCAGCCCUCGCCUACCGAUAGCUACAUCUACGGUGAGUCCUCGUUCUUCGACGCAUUCUACUUGCAUGACUGGAGUACCGUUCGCCCGGACGAGAUGUCAAGAAGGUUUGCCACCACGUUCAAUACAUUCUGGCUGGCCUCUCUGGCGCCGCUCACCAUUCCUGUCACUUCCCUAUUGGACAAGGUCAACCUGACAGCCACUUCCUACCACCCACUGGCCGGUCCGGAGUUCGUCAUGGCGCAGGGCACAACGUCCAGGAAUAUCGCCGUCUAUCAGGUCCAUCUCCCCUGGCUGGUCGUCUUCAUCACCGCGACGGCCCUCCUGCAGCUCUCCGCGCUCGCCGGGCUACUCCUCCGGUCAGUCACCAUUGCCCCUGAUAUCCUUGGGUACGUCUCCUCCCUAACGAGAGACAAUCCGCAUGUCCCUCUCCCCGUCGGAGGCAGUACGCUUUCCGGCGAGGACCGUGCGAGAUUGUUGCGGGAUGUACGUGUUCAGCUGGCGGACGUCGAAGUCAACAGAACGUUUGGGCGCGUUGCACUGGUUGCUCGAGUUGCAGGGACGUCCAGAGCCGGGACUGCGUAUAAGAGGCUGAGGAGGAGGAGAGGCUAUGAGUAG